GGGACAGCUUUGCAUUUGCAUGUCUGGAGUGAUUAGUGGGUUUGAAAGCAAGCCCAAGAACAGGCUCAUUUCCCGCUCUGGUGGAGAGGCAGGAGGAAGUGUUUUCCUGGGAGAUGAUGACAGAGGUCAGCCUGUGCUAAUGGGCCAGUGAAGAACAGUGGAGGCGAGGCACAAGAAGAGACUACACAUACAUUAAUACCCUUCACCCAUCACCAAUCAGCAUAGGUGUGCUCUGUGCCUGCCACUGCACUCUGCACACUCUGCACUGCACUGCCUGCCUGCCUGCCUCCCUCUCUCCCUCCUGCACCCACUGACAGCCUCGCUUACUGUCAAUCUCUGUCUCCUCUUCACAAGGCAGCAACCAUCGAGCCUCGGUGCCUGGGAACACCGCUUUUAUUUCCUCAUCACUACACAUCAGGGACUCAGCUUCGCUCAUUACAGCCACAUUCACCCUCAUUCAUCCAAGGGGGGAGUGUGCCAGCCUGGGAUGCCUCUGCAAGAGGGAAAUUACUAAGAGCAGAUGCUGAAGUGGGCACUUCCUUUGGGAGAAGAAACGCAUUUUUUAGGUCACAGCGGUGUUAACCAGCUUGGUGGCGUUUUUGUCAACGGCAGACCCCUGCCCGAUUCUACAAGGCAGAAGAUCGUAGAGCUGGCUCACAGUGGAGCAAGACCUUGCGAUAUUUCCAGGAUCCUUCAGAGCCAUGCAGAUGCAAAAGUUCAAGUGCUGGAUAGUCAAAACGUCUCCAACGGCUGCGUGAGUAAGAUUUUGGGGAGGUAUUACGAGACUGGAUCCAUCAGGCCCAGAGCCAUCGGGGGCAGCAAACCCAGGGUGGCCACCCCAGAAGUGGUUAGCAAAAUAGCCCAAUAUAAGCGAGAGUGCCCCUCCAUCUUUGCCUGGGAGAUCCGGGACAGGUUGCUGUCUGAAGGCGUCUGUACCAACGACAACAUCCCUAGUGUAUCUUCGAUAAACCGAGUGCUGCGCAACCUGGCUAGCGAGAAGCAACAGAUGGGCGCAGAUGGCAUGUAUGACAAGCUGAGGAUGCUGAACGGACAGACGGGCACAUGGGGGACCCGACCAGGGUGGUACCCGGGUACAUCAGUGCCAGGCCAGCCGACACAGGAUGGCUGUCCGCAGCAAGAAGGUGGGGGAGAAAACACAAACUCCAUCAGUUCUAAUGGAGAAGAUUCAGAUGAGGCACAAAUGAGGCUCCAGUUAAAAAGAAAACUGCAAAGAAACAGAACAUCAUUCACUCAAGAACAAAUAGAAGCACUAGAAAAAGAAUUCGAGCGAACCCAUUAUCCUGAUGUGUUUGCCAGAGAAAGAUUAGCUGCCAAAAUAGACUUGCCAGAAGCUAGAAUACAGGUAUGGUUUUCAAAUCGGCGAGCAAAAUGGAGAAGAGAAGAAAAGUUGCGGAAUCAGAGGAGGCAAGCCAGCAACACACCCAGUCACAUCCCUAUCAGCAGUAGUUUCAGCACUAGUGUCUAUCAACCAAUUCCACAACCCACCACCCCAGUGUCCUCAUUCACAUCGAGUUCUAUGUUGGGAAGAACAGACACAGCACUUACAAACACAUACAGUGCGUUGCCACCAAUGCCUAGUUUUACCAUGGGAAAUAACCUCCCUAUGCAACCCCCUGUACCCAGCCAGGCUUCCUCCUACUCAUGCAUGUUGCCCACAAGUCCAUCUGUAAAUGGGCGGAGCUAUGAUACAUACACACCUCCCCACAUGCAGACACACAUGAACAGCCAGCCAAUGGGCACCUCUGGUACAACCUCUACAGGUCUCAUUUCCCCUGGAGUGUCAGUCCCAGUACAAGUACCCGGGAAUGAACCUGACAUGUCUCAGUACUGGCCAAGAUUACAGUAAAAACCGUGUUAAUUUAACCAAUGACUUUAUGGAGAACAGUUGGAUGUUCAGCAGUAUUUUAUAAAAAUCCAGGACUGACUUGGAAAAUAUAAAAACAAAAAAUCAAAAAGACUUCUCUGGACAGCAGCUGUGUACCGAUAAUAUUGGAAAAGACUGCACAACAGACAUUUGCACACUGAAAGCGGUAUCUAUAUCAGUUGGAUCAAACCUUCAUUUUGAUAUCCAAACUUUUAUCCAUUUGAUGUACUCUUUGUAAACUGACUCUGUUAUGUGAUAUUGAACAGAACAACGCAGGCGGGUAGCCCGGAUCUGCUCUCUGUUGAUCAUUAUUUUUUAUUUUAUUUUAUUUUUUAUUGGAAGCCAUGAUCAAGCCACGAAUUUAAAGAGGUUUUUAUCAAGAUAUAUAUAUCGUCCCUUGAUUUUGUCCAUCCUUGGACCAAUUUUCCUCAUUUUUUGUAUCAACUUCCCUUGGGCCAGUUGCCGGAAAAAAAAAAACAUAAAUCCUCACCUUCCCCCAGUUUCCUGUUUGGUAAUCCCCAAAGGUUGAUGUUUAAAGUUCCAAAAGUAAAAAAAAAAAAAAAAAAAAAUGGAAUAAAGAAAAGAAGAGAGACGUUUGGUAGAUGAAAGGUAGAUGAUAUCUUCGAUAUAAUCCAAUUUGUUUUAUGUCGAAAUGUAUGUUUUUGUCUUCCCUAGAAAUCUCCCAGAAUGAUUUCUAUAAUAAAGUUAAUUUCAUUUAUAUUU